UUAUAUUGAAUUGGUUCCGUCCAGUUCAAUUUUUAGAACGCCGCGAAAAUUAAUUUGUCUUGAAGAGCAACAUUUAGCUCAAGUUCUUCGUGGGUUGUCCUCGGAGUCUCCGAGGUUGACCCCGACAUGUUACUGGCAUGGCGUCGAACGAAGCUGCCGUCAGGGCCCUCCAACUCCUCCACCAUCAGUCCCUCUCUCAAGCCCUCAACGCCUUCACGAGGCCGUCCCACCUCAGGCAGGCCCACGCGCACCUCGUCGUCGCUGGCCUCACGCGCCGCCUCUUCACCGCCACCCGCCUCCUGGCCUGCGCCGCCAUCUCUGCCCUCCGCGACCUCCCGUACGCGGAGGCCAUGUUCCGCCGCGUCGAGGCGCCCACCUUCUUCAUGUACAACACCAUGAUCAGGGCCUUCUCCGAGUGCCCCGGCCAUGAUUGCCUCGAGGGCGUCGCGUAUUACGUCCGAAUGCUCCGGAACGGCGUUUUCCCCGAUAACUUCACGCACCCUUUUGUGUUGCGGUCGUGCUCGCUGUCGUCGCAGCUGCUGCUCGGCAGGCAGGUUCACGCCCACGUCGUGAAAUUUGGGUCGGGUCGCGACAUUUACGUUGUCAACAAUAUGCUAAGUAUGUACUCGAGCUGUAGAGAGAUGGGGAAUGCGCGCCACCUGUUUGAAGAAUGUUCCGGGCUCGUGGAUGUUGUUUCCUGGACUAGUUUGGUCACGGGGUACGUGAAGGCUGGUGAUAUCGAUGUGGCCCAGUCUUAUUUUGAAAGGAUGCCACGGAGGAAUGUCGUUUCAUGGAAUGCCAUGAUUUCAGGGUAUGCACGGUCAGGAAGAAUUUCUGACGCAAGGAAGCUCUUUGACAUGAUGCCCGAACGUGAUGUGUCGUCAUGGAGUGCGAUGAUUUCUGGCUAUGUUCAGUGCAAGAUGUGUGCAGAUGCAUUGGGGCUUUUUAAGGAGAUGGUUGGAGGAGGAAUUGUGGCCAAUGAGGCUGCUGUUGUGAGUGCAGUUUCCGCCUGCGCACAGCUUCGCGCGAUUGAUUGGGGAACUUGGCUCCACGAGUAUACAGUGGAGCAUGGGUUCGAGAUGAAUGUGAUCCUGGGCACUGCGCUUGUAGAUAUGCAUGGCAAGUGUGGAAAUGUUGCGAAAGCUGUUGAAGUGUUCAAUUUGAUGCCUGAAAGGAAUGUCUGUUCGUGGAAUUCUAUGAUUGCUAGCUUGGCCUUGAAUGCACGUGGAAAGCAGGCACUCUCAUUGUUCUGGCAAAUGCAGCGUGUGGGUCACACUCCGAAUCACAUAACAUUCACUGCCGUGCUAAGUGGAUGCAGUCAUUCAGGGUUAGUCAAGGAGGGUCGUCAAAUUUUUAGUCUUAUGACAGAAGAGUAUCAGCUUGAACCUUGGUCAGAGCAUUAUGGUUCGAUGGUUGAUUUGCUAGGGCGAGCUGGGCUCAUAAGGGAGGCGGUGGAAUUUGUUAAGGGGAUGCAUAUUGAGCCUCAUCCCGGCUUAUGGGGAGCUCUUGUUGCUGCUUGUAAGAUUCAUGGAGAGAUUGAGCUAGGUAAACAACUUGGGAAACACUUGAUUGACUUGGAGCCGGAUCAUGGUGGGCGGUAUGCUUUAUUGUCAGAUCUAUUUGCAUCUGUUGAACGAUGGGAUGAUGUGGAAUUGGUGAGGAAUUCGUUUGUACAAAGGAAGGUGCUCAAGGCCCCGGGAAAUAGUAUCAUUGAGUUAUGAAGAUAAUCUCUUUAUCUUUUUUAACUACCUUCCCAAGAAGCCUGUUUCUAAGGGCAUACAUAAAACGAAAGGAAACGGGAUUUCAGCCCCGAGUUUAGGCCACUUAACAAUCUAAAAUCAGAUGGCAUUAUAUCUCCUCAUUAUCCUCCGGCGCCUCUUCAAGUUACCGUGGUAUGGUGCCUUAGAGAUGAUAGUCACGAGCUAUGCAUAUCUUAAUUGAAGAGCUUGUGCCUUUUAUUGCAAACCAUACAGCACAUUUUGGAAACUCUUCUUGAAAGACCCCACUACUUCAAGUUCUAGCUGAGCUCCAACAGCAUUCCAAUCAAUGCCCAACUCUUCAAGGAUAUGGGGAUUAAUGUAGGAAGUAUGAUGGAUCCUUAACAUUUAUUGAGGCCCAAAGGAACUUCUGCUUCUUGGUAUCUCUCUUCAUCAAAGCUUCAUAUCGUGGUAUGUAGAACUUUUUCUGAAAAAGCUUAUAUGCUAAAGUGGCUUGCACUACCGCAGCCCGAGGUUCAAUUGAAAGUGAGAAAGAAAGGGUUGGACUUGCAUAUAAAAGAUAACUCAGCCAUCAUAUUUCGGAUGCACAUACCUUUCCUCUGAGCGUAAGUGCCGGGAGGUACCGAUUUCUUCAAGCUUCUGAUCAAUGAGGGUAUCAACCCUUGUGACCCUGGAAAGAUCUAUAAGCCUUGACGCCUCAAGUCCAUCCAGAUAAGCAUCAAUAAUCGCUUCAUACGUGGAAUAUUAUCUGUCGAACCAUUGGAUGGUUGUGCCGUAAGAACUUCAAGCAAGAGUAGAUGCUAUAAUAGUUAAUUUGUCCUAUUUGGCGAAGCUAUUCUAUGCAGACCAUGUAAACAAAAGUACAAGGGGUCUUUUUAGGAUCCAUUGUCAAAAAAUGCGGUGGAUGUAUUUUGGCUAUUUAGAGCAGAUGUAGCCAAACUUUUAUUGAUCGUCAUAUAGACAAAUUACCAGCAA